AUGAUUCCAAUCCUGUAUGGCUCGCAGACAGGAACUUCAAGGUAUGUGUGCAGACUGCUUGAGAAGGCAGUUGUAUAUGGUUAUAGCAAGCAUACAAUAUAUAAUUUGGACAACUUUGAAGCGGGUAAAGAAGAUACAGCACAAUGCAUUGUUCAGUCAAUCGAUGAAUUUGGCAUAGAAAGGCUCCUUGAUGCAAACGUUGUAGUGUUUGUGUGCUCAACACAUGGAGACGGCGGAGAGCCUUUCAACAUGUCCAGGCUCUGGGAAUUUUUAUCCAGAGAUGAUCUUCCAGAUGGUAUCCUAUCACACCUGAGGUUUGCAGUCUUUGGGCUUGGAAGCUCGACGUACGAAAAGUUCAACUACUGCUCAAAAAGGCUGUUCAACCGACUCGUAAUGCUGGGUGCAACACCAAUCAUCAGCAGAGGAGAGGGAAAUGCACAGGACAAAGACGGCUUUCUAACAGGUCUCAGGCCCUGGGCUAAGGAGCUGGUUAAGUGUUUGCAUACGCUUGAAUCUGACUUCCAGAUGAGCAUGGAUCAUCCUGUGCCUGAAGAGUAUGCUGCCAGGCUGAUCGAAAAAAGCACACUGACACCAAGCGACCACCAUCAAAGAAUAGUUGAGUUUGUGUUUGACAUUCCUGAAUACAAGGAGUUCUGUCCAGGAGAUUGUAUAUCCUUUCUUCCAACAAACUAUAACUAUGCUGAGUUCAUGAAAUACAACCAAAUUGAAGAUGGAAAGCAUGCAGGAGUAGACGCAGAGUCUAUUAUCAAGAACACAAUAGACUUCAACUCACCGCCAAGACAAAUAUUCUUUUUUGAGCUCAAGCACUUUCUAGCAGGAAAGCAAUGCAACGAGGAGCAUCUACAAAAGAUGGACGAAAUUGCAAAUAGCUAUGAUUUGUACUACAACUAUGUGCACAAGCCUCGGAGAACAAUGUUUGAAGUUCUGAAGGAGUUCAACGUGAGGGUGGACAUCAGGUUUCUCAUCGACUUUGUGCCCAGAAUAUAUCCAAGAUUUUUUUCGGUUGCAAGAAUCAAUGGAUUGUAUCGCAUCACCGUGUCGAUGGUAGAAUAUUACACUUCGAUUGCUGAACCUCGUAGAAGCAUUUGUUCGGAGUAUCUUUCAGGUCUGGCAAUCGGAGACAAGGUUAAUGUGGAUGUUGGCAGAAGUAAUCUAUAUUUUGAAUCAAAAAAGCUGUUGUUUCUGUGCACAGGAGCAGGAAUAACACUUGCAAGGGCAUGCAUCAAUGAAUUCAAGGACAAAGAGAUUGUGGUGUUCUAUGGAUUCAGACAUCGAAGCAAGGACUUUCUAUACUGUGAUGAGUGGAAGAAGCAGAAUGUAAAGUUGUUCUGUGCAGCGUCUAGAGACGAUGGAGUUUAUAUACAGGAUGUGUUUAAGAAGCAUCCAGUUGAUGGGAUUGAUGAUUACCUGGUAUUUGUCAGUGGAAACUCAAGGUUGAACAAAGAGAUAGAGCAGGUGCUUGGAGAAGUGUAUGGGAAAAAGAUUGUUUUUCAAUCGGAAACAUGGUAG